AUGGCGCGCUCUGCAAGGCCACAUUCGUUCCUUAUCGCGCUGCUAGCGUGUUUGGCUUCAAUAUUGCCUGCGCACUGUAUAAGAGACAUCCCGUCUCGAAAACGCAUUGAUGCCGUUCCAGAUAUUAAGCCCACACUCGCGGGCUACCUCCAAGUCGACAGUGACGGUUCCUCCAUCUACUACGCCUACUACGAGGCCCAGACGAAUUCCGACGAUAUUGCGGAAGCACCCAUCUUACUAUGGCUUCAGGCAAUCAAGUUACUCUCUCCACCCCACCCUCCCCUCCAGGGGGGCCCCGGCUGUGCCAGCACCUUUGGAGGCUUCUACGAGCUGGGCCCCUGGUCCGUGACCGACACCCUGGGGGUGCGGAGAAAUCCCGGCGCCUGGAACCGCAUCUUUGGACUCCUCCUCAUGGAUCAACCUGUCGGUACUGGCUACAGCCGCGCGGGCAACGGCAGUAGCAGCAUUCCCCGCGACGAGAUGGGGAUGGCGGCUCACCUGUACGGUGCACUACAGGCCUUCUUCACACUGUACCGCAGCCUGGCGACGCGGCCGCUAUUCAUCACGGGCGAGAGCUACGCGGGCAAGUACGUACCCUCUAUUGCGCACUACAUCCUCCAAGCCCAGUUGGACGGCUGGCGGCGGUCGUUACCACCCGGUACCUCCCGACCGUUAUUUCGGUUGGGCGGUGUGGCAAUCGGCAACGGCCUAACCGACCCACGAGCCCAGACUCAGACUCUGGCGGCGGCGGCCUUCUACUCCGGGCUCCUCCCUCCAGCGCUCCGUGAUGAGGUGGCGGGCCGGGCGGUGGAGGUCGUGGCGCUCAUUGACGAGUCCAAGUGGUUAGAAGCUCACACCGCCAGGGAGCGACUACGAAGCUUCAUUACCAACGUUACCGGGCUGGCAACCAUGUUCGACACGCGGCGUACAGAGGGGUACGACCCGACCAAGGCGGUGGACCGCUUCCUAAACUUGCCGGAGGUCAAGGAGGCCAUGCGUGCCGAUCCCGACGUACGCUACGCCAGCUGCAACGGUGUUGUGGGGGAGGCCAUGGCCGCUGACGUCAUGCGCAGUGUCAAGUACCUGAUCCCGGACCUCCUAUCACACAUUCCCGUACUGCUGUACCAGGGUCAGUACGACAUCCUCGACGGCGUCGCCUCCGUCACCUCGUGGCUGAGCUCCCUAGAGUGGCCUGACAAGGCGGCGUUUGCGGAGCAGCGGGGGCGGCUCUGGUACCUGAAUGACGGGCCGAUCAUCACCACCACCUCACCUUCCAGGACUCCUCGGUUGGGCCGCGAAGGGGUGGUGGCUGGUUGGUGGCGGUCCGCCGGCCACCUGAGUCAUGUGGUGGUGUACCGGGCUGGUCACAUGGUGCCGCAUGACCAGCCGCUGGCCGCACAGCAGAUGAUUGAGGAGUGGGUGCGGGGGGCCCUAGAGUAG